AUGAUUCCCACAGGCCUUGGUGUUGGCCUGAGCAGCCUUCUCCUCUGCUCGGGCACCGCAUCAGCCUUGGUAUGGAACACCUUUGACGGCCCAGGGUCCCCAGCCUGCCAUAAUGUCUCCCGGGUCCACGACGCCACCUCCGUCGAGGAUAUGCAAUCCGUCGUCAAGUCAGCCAUCCUGUCCAAGUCCUUGGUCCGCGCCGCAGGAAAGGGUCACAUGUGGUACGAUACCCAAUGCAGCGACGACUCGACCAUCAUCAUCAAAACUGCCAUUGUGGCCGGCAUCUACGACUUCAGCCUUCCCGAGGGGGCCCCCCAUGGGUCCGUACUUGUUGACGCUGGAGUUACUUUCUUCCAGCUGGCCGAGUAUCUCCAUGAUAGGGGUGCCAGUGUUGGGUACACCCUCACGAACUGGAACAUCAGUUUCGGCGGGAGUGUGGUGAUGGGGGCUCACAGAAGCUCGAUUAGAGAAGACUCGAUGGUGGCGGCGGAAAGGAAUGAAAGUGAUGAUGACUGGUUGGCUGCUUCGACCAGUCUGGGAUUGUUGGGAAUUAUUGCGAGGAUAAAACUCAAGAUCUAUCCUGACAGCAAGGUUUAUGCCAAGCAGAACACAGAGUUUCAUCAGCGAUAUUACGAUGUUGUCCCCGCCAACUUCACCGAGCAGCAAGGCUUCCAAAACACGUUUUGUGUGACCGACCUCGAGGCGUUUGCUGCCAAGAAUUUUCUCAACAGCCGGAAGUACUUGCCCACAUCCAACAUGCUCAUGGAGGAGAUCUUUUUUGGGCAGUGGGAGAAGCCAGACUUUAGGGAGAAGACGACGAGCAAAGCUAUUGACAAGUGA